AUGGAUUAUAUCGGGACCUCCAUGAAUGUGCUAUAUUACCUUGCAUUUCCGAUAAUAUACAUUGUUCAGGCACUUUGCUCAAUACUGUGGACUGCAAGUGCUCCUCUUAUCUACUUGGGUCAUUAUGUGCUCUAUGCUUGCUGGUAUCCUUUUCAUGUGCUAGGAAAAUUCGAGCUAAUCAAUCAACAGACUAUCUACGUCUUCUUCGGUGUUGCAACACUUGUGGGCCUUCUCACUGGCACAGGCGUUCACUUCGCCUCGAGGCUGGUGGCCUCGAUUCUGCACAUCGAUGCUUUAGCCAAGGAAAGCGGCCAGCGCGGUCGGACGAUUGCGGAGUAUCGGGCCAGCAAGGACGAAAGUCUGGAGCAGACAGAUGACCUGGGCAAAGCUGUGCAACAAGUCGAAAUCCAACGGAAGGACACCGAACGAGCGAAUGAGCUCAAGGACUGGGACUGGGCUGCCGAAGAUAGGGGUCGAUCGAGGAAUGGAUCUUUGCCCAAUACAAUACUCGAGGAAGAAGAUAGCUCUGAUUAUGGAUUCUGA